AUGAAGAGCUUCAUCUUCAUCUUCUACCGGCAACUCAUCGGAACCGUUUUCUUGCUUCUAUCCACCACAAUCUUCGAAAGGAGAUCCGCAACUCCACUCACAAUCCUUGUCUUCUUCAAGAUCUUUGCGCUGGCUUUCCUAGGUCUCAUGCUAGCUAUGAAUCUCUACGGGAUCGCGCUCCUCUAUACUUCGGCUUCACUCGCGUCUGCAAUUAUGAACUGCAUACCUGUUACGACCUUCUUCUUCGCUGUUCUUCUCAGAGGGGAGAAGUUGAAUGUAAGGAGUAUAGCGGGAGUUGCAAAGCUUGGAGGAAUAACAAUUUGCAUGGGAGGAGUGGCCACCCUUGCGUUUUUUGAGGGACCAAUUCUAAAGCCUCCUUUUGCCCUCCACAAUAUCCAACACCAACACCAACACCAUGUUUCAUCAUCUGGAAGCACAACAUGGAUCAUAGUUUGCUUCCUCUCUUUCAUUUCAGUCUCAUUCUGGGGCUUAUGGUUUGUUCUCCAGGCCGAAGUAUUGAAAACCUAUUCAUCGAAGCUUCACUUCACAAGUCUUCAGUGUUUAUCAAGCACAGUUCAGUCGUUUCUUGUGGCGAUUGCUGUGGAAAGAGACCUGUCCGAGUGGAAGUUGACUUGGAAUGUUAGACUACUUGCGGUCCUUUACUGUGGAAUCAUGGUCACGGGAGUUGGGCAUUAUCUACAAUCUUGGGUGAUCGCAACGAAGGGACCAGUAUUCCGAGCCAUGUCAACACCCUUGAGUCCAAUCCUAACAAUGAUCGGUUCCAUGUUUCUCUUGGGCGAGAACAUAAAUGUUGGCAGCAUUGUUGGUGAGAUAAUGUUAGUACUAGGCCUUUACAGUGUCUUAUGGGGCAAACGCAUGAGCAAAAUCUAG